AUGGAUACCGGAGGCAACUCCCUUCCAUCAGGUUCAGAUGGUGUGAAGCGAAAGAUUUCGUAUUUCUACGAUCCUGAAGUUGGUAACUAUUAUUACGGACAGGGUCAUCCCAUGAAACCGCAUCGUAUUCGAAUGACUCAUGCUCUUUUAGCCCAUUACGGUUUGCUUCAACAUAUGCAGGUCAUCAAACCCACCGCCGCUAAAGACAGGGAUCUCUGCAAGUUCCAUGCCGACGACUACGUGGCUUUCUUGAGGGGUAUCACCCCUGAAACACAGCAGGAUCAGCUCAGACAGUUGAAGAGGUUUAAUGUUGGCGAAGACUGUCCCGUCUUUGAUGGUCUUUACUCUUUUUGUCAGACUUAUGCCGGUGGUUCUGUUGGUGGGGCUGUCAAGUUGAAUCAAGGUGUUUCUGAUAUUGCUAUUAAUUGGGCCGGUGGCCUACAUCAUGCUAAAAAAUGCGAGGCCUCUGGCUUUUGCUAUGUCAAUGACAUUGUGCUCGCUAUUUUGGAACUUCUCAAGAUACACGAGCGUGUUCUAUAUGUGGACAUUGAUAUCCACCACGGGGAUGGUGUCGAGGAGGCCUUUUACGCCACCGAUAGGGUCAUGACUGUUUCAUUUCAUAAGUUUGGGGAUUACUUUCCUGGAACCGGAGAUGUCCGUGAUAUUGGAUAUGGUACUGGCAAAUAUUAUUCACUCAAUGUUCCCUUGGAUGAUGGAAUUGAUGAUGAGACCUACCAUUCACUGUUUAAGCCCAUCAUGGGAAAGGUGAUGGAGAUUUUUAGACCAGGUGCUGUUGUAUUGCAAUGUGGUGCUGACUCUUUAUCUGGAGACAGGUUAGGUUGUUUCAAUCUUUCAAUCAAAGGCCAUGCAGAGUGUGUCAAAUAUAUGAGAUCCUUUAAUGUUCCUCUUCUCUUGCUCGGUGGAGGUGGCUAUACUAUAAGAAAUGUCGCACGAUGUUGGUGUUAUGAGACAGGUGUUGCUCUCGGGAUUGAACUAGAUGAUAAGAUGCCCCAACAUGAGUAUUAUGAAUAUUUUGGUCCUGACUAUGCUUUGCACGUUGCUCCCAGUAACAUGGAAAACAAGAACUCCCGACCUUUAUUGGAUGAUAUAAGAUCAAAACUUCUUGAGAAUUUAUCUAGGCUUCAACAUGCGCCAAGUGUCCCAUUCCAGGAGCGACCACCAAAUACUGAACUCCAAGAGAGAGAUGAAGAUGACGAUGAUAGAGAUGAAAGAUGGGAUCCUGAUUUUGAGAUGGAUGUUGAUAGCAAUUCUCUUACAGGAAGGGUGAAAAGUGAAUACGCUGAAGCUGAGCAUAAAGAUGCGGAAAGCUAUCAUAAUCAUCUAGACAGUAGAAGAGACACCGUAAUGGCUUUCAAGGAUAUUGCAUGCUCCAAGGUGACAGUGUCUCGUGUAGAUUCAAUGGCAGUGGAUGAACCAUUCAUCAAAGAAGAGCAAGAUAAAUUAGCUGAGGUUUCUGAUCAAAAGCCAAGAUGA